AUGGAACUAGGUGGCGCGUCAGGAAUCGGAAAAGCGACUGCAGAGUUAUGUCUCAAGCACGGCGCGAUUGUAGUCAUCGGUGACUUGAACUCUUUGCCAUCCGAUCUUGAGACUUCGGAGAAACUCAAAUUUAUAAAAUUGGAUGUCUGCUCAUGGGAAAGUCAACGUGACGCAUUUAUUCAGAUCGAAGAAUGGUUCGGUCGGAUUGACCAUGUCUUCGCCAAUGCAGGUGUUGGACCGACAUCGAAUUUGCUGGACAACAGCCUUGAUGAAAAUGGCCAACUUACUCCUCCUGAUCUACAGACGAUCAAUGUCAAUCUCAUUGGUGUCAUAUCCACAGUUCGUCUAGCCAUACAUUACAUCCAGAAGCACUCGGCACACCGUGCGUCUGGUGAACUGGGCAGUAUCGUGGCUACUGCUUCUGCAGCUUCGUUCCAGAACUUCAGCGCUGGUGAUUACACGAUCACGAAACAUGCUGUUCUUGGUCUCAUCCACGCCAUGGAGUAUCAGCUUGAGGGAAAGGUUCGACUCAAUGCUGUUGCGCCGUCUUGGACAGCAACUGGAAUGGUCCAAAGUGCCUUUAUUGAAGGUCUUGGUGUCGGUGUUCAGCAACCGGAGGCUGUAGCCCGGAGUGUGGCGCUUCUCUUUAGUGACCAGCAGCGUCAUGGAGAUAUUAUAUACAGCUGGGACGGGAAUUAUCUGGAGAUUAACAAGGCAGAAGGUGGAUUUUUGGAGGCCGCAGAUCGAAUUAUUGUGAAUUCAGCUAAUGAGGAAAUGGUUGUGAGGAAACUCAGAGAGGCUGACCUGAUUGCUUAG